AAUCAUUGUCUAAUAAUAAACCAGCGGUAUUUUUUCAAGGAAGGCAUACUUGAAAUGACGAUCUGUGUUGAAAUAUUUCAUUUCAUCAUUUAUCAGAACUUGAGUAGGCACUCUUUACUGCACGAUCAGAAGAAGUUGACUAACCCACAUAUCCUCAAGUUGCGUCCUGACGAGUCAUUCGAAUUGACCUUUUGAAUUCAUUGAAAUUUCAGAAAGGAAUAUUAGUACUUCGACUUGAAGCGUGUUUUGACGAACAUCUGUUCGAGAGUCGUCACUUAUUGCAUUUAACAAGCUAGCUGCCAAAGGGAAUAUGCAUUUGUGGAUACCAGUUUGGGCGUGUGUCGUUGUCCUUAGUUCGGCAGCACCUGCAAAACUAGACGCGGACGUCUUGGCCGACCUAAAGGAAAUACUUGACGAAAAGCUCAACCAGCGCGAAGCUCGCCAACAGGACGAAAUAAUAUCUGAUCUCAAUAUCCGGCGCCAAGAUCGGAGAACAGGGAGCACCGCACCCAAGAAAGAUGUGAAGGCAGGCGAAGCUGACGACAUCCUCACCGAUCAUGGCUGGACACAAGAGGAGGUCGAGACAAUUCUUGAGAGGCUGCCAGAAAAUGAUGUCAGGAUUGUAAAGGAGUUUGCCAAGUUCGCUGCUCGUCUGAACACUGCUCGAAGACUAGUGUUGGAGUUGAACCAACUGCAAGCAAAGCCGAAGAGAACACAAGAUCACCAAAUCAGUGGCUUUGACCCUAAGCAUGUCGGCACACGAGAACAGGAUAUGAAGGCAGACGACAAAUUGGCGCCGAAACAGAAGCCAUCAAAAGAUAGCGAUUCACUAGGUACGGAUGUGGUCGAAACAGAUGACGAUGCUGGCCAGUGGUUGAACCAUCCGUUUUCAAAGGAUCAAAUAGACAGAGCACUUAGUUUGCUUAAGGCGAGAAACAACCAACGAAAACGACAGGAUGCGGCAUCCGCGGUAUCGGAGCCAGCCAGAAGGGAAGAGCCCAAGAAGGGGGAGAAGCCAUCAGCAAAAGAGAUGGAAAAUGCAGUGUUGACAGCUUUACUAGAGAUGAGAGAAAAGAUGUCAGACAAGUCACAAUAAACUAUAUGGAGUGAUGGAGACAACCAAGAGAUAUACCAAAAAGGGAGCCAAAGACCAAGUGAGGAUUAAACUGUUACUGUUUUGCGGAUCGAGCAUUGGAAGAGGCUAUACUGAGAGCCAUGACCGCCAUUGUGAUGAAGGACAAGGCAGCAACCAUUAAGCAGCAUUGAGGAAAGUUAGAGGUGAAACUGUAACAAUGUGAGACAAUGAAGGGGACUUGGGAAUGCUAGAGCAAGAAGGGGACAUGUGCAUUUUUGUGAAAAUUGAGUUAGCAGCAUAUUUGACAACCAAGGUAUGGUUGCCUUCCUUAGGUCCGGGUGUUUCCUUGCUUAUCUCUGGAUAUGAAAAACACUUGACCAAUUUCUUGCCCUCGCAUCUCCAACGGUGAAUGUGCUCUAACACUACCGAAGACACAUGAUACUCAUCACAAUCAACUCAACUUGUCCUGAUGUAAUGACUUCCCACGGUAAACGUUAGCAACGAUAUACAGGCCUAUAUAUUGAUAAGAGAUUUAUAAGAGAAUGCCUUUUCAAAUGAAACACUUUCAUUCUAGACUUAAAAGUUUAUACAUGUAAUAAGAGAGACAAUAAAUUCUAUA